CUUGGUCCACCCGCAGGCUUCGAAGAAACUUUUCCGAAAGACUUCACGAGGUGACGAUCUCGCUCCAGAGAAGGAGAUGUGCACAGGGAUAGUUAUUUUUUUUAUUUUUUAUGUCUUGAAUGUAAAAAGGGGGGAAAGGGAAAAAAACCAGUGAAAGAAUGAAGAGUGCAUUUAUUGUGUGAUAAGAAGCCUCUCCACUCAAGGGUGUGUGAGAUGCGCCCGGCGAGUCUUCAGUUUAUUGGAGCUGUUCUCAACGUUGCUCGGCGUCAUUGGCCUCGGGAAUCUCCAAUGGGUGGCAGUCAGGACAAAUGUGCUCAGCAGCUGCAAGUAUUUUGUCAUUGACUCGGAGUUCUGCACACAGACCUUCUCAAAAUGUAGGAUUUCUUCAUUGUUUUUCCCCCCCUGCACUCUUAAAUCUCCGGAUUGGUGAUUUGUCAACGAUUGUACGGCUUUUUUUUGGUGGCAGCUUGUUUCUGCUUUUGGGAAUUGGGAUUGUUGAGCAGCGGUGAGUGAACCGCGGGCUGGAAGACACUGUUGCACCGUGGGAUUCUCGGCGCAUUCUCGCCGUAGUUUGAGCGGAGAAGACGGAAUCUGUUAUUUUUUUGUUGCUGCUGCUGCUGCUGUUGUUGCAGCGUACAUGUGUGUGUACAUAUUUUAUUCACUGGCUUUUUUGAGCUUCUGGGGCGUGCAGCGGUACCGCGGGAUGGUCGGAGAGGAGAAUGCACCUUCCUUAUUGCCGUCGCGACGCCCAGGCGUAGAGCUUGCGGACUUGUCUCUGUAAGUCUCUCGCUGCCUCGCAGUCUGUCUCUUCCCCCCCCCCCUUCUCACACUUGGGUCGCGCUCUCUGCGACCGAGCCGGGCACUUCCAGGACAAAUAAGCCCGUGGUUUGUCGAGAGGGGAAGGCGAGUGUUUGUGGAAGUAACUGCCUGGUGAUGAAUGUGGCUCGCUUGUGAAAGGGAGGGCUUCCCGAUAUUUAAGGAUCGAGGUUGGAGGAGAGGCGCUGGAAUGAUCAGAGGUAUCGCUUACUGACAUCGGGAGCAGCGCAUCAUUUCAUCAGGCUUUUUGGCUGAAUAUCAAGCCGGAAAAUGAAAGUUCCCAUUCAGUUAAUGGUUUUCUUAUAUACAUCCACCAUUCAAAGCCUGAAGAUUGUGUCGAAACGUGGCUCAGCUGAUGGAUGCACUGACUGGUCCGUGGAUUACAAGAAGUAUCGAGUCCUUAUGGGAGAACCAGUUCGAGUGAAGUGUGCAUUAUUUUAUGGAUACAUCAGGGCCAACUACACCUUAGCUCAGAGUUCAGGACUCAACUUGAUGUGGUACAAAAGUAACGGCCAUGGGGACUUUGAAGAGCCGAUACCAUUUGAUGGAAUUCGAAUGAGCAAAGAGGAGGACUCCAUAUGGUUUCGUCCAACAGAACUACAAGACGGUGGACUGUUUUCCUGUGUAUUAAGAAAUGCCACAUACUGUAUGAAGGUUUCAAUGUCACUGAUUGUAGCUGAAAAUGAUACAGGACUUUGUUACAAUGCAAGAAUGAAAUACUUUAAAAAAGCUGAACUCAGUAAAAACAAAGAGAUUACUUGUCCAGACCUUGAAGAUUUCAUCCUCCCAGACAGUGAGUCCGUAAUAUGGUAUAAGGAAUGCCAGUCAAAGAUCUGGCGACAAACUGUUGUCCAAAAGGGGGACACUCUUCUGCUUCGUGAGGUUACAGAGGAAGAUGUUGGGAAUUACACCUGUGAACUGAAGUUUGGGAACUUUGUGGUAAGAAGAACGACAGAGUUGUCAGUAACGGCUCCAAUAACAGACAAACCACCCAAGUUACUCUAUCCUCUCGAAAACAGGAUAAACCCUGUGGAAGCACAGCUUGGCAUCAUUGCCAAUCUCACUUGCAGAGCCUUCUUUGGCUACGGUGGAGAGGUCAGCCCCAUCAUUUACUGGAUGAAGGGAGAGAAAUUUAUUGAAGACCUUGAUGAUGACCACGCCAGCGAAAGCGACAUGAGAAUUCUUCAGGAGCAUCUUGGGGAGAAGGAAGUUUCUAUUUCUCUACUGAUCGAUUCUGUGCAGGAUGGGGACCUGGGAAACUAUUCUUGCUAUGUUGAAAAUGGGAAUGGGCGAAGACAAGCAACCAUUCUUCUUCAGAAGAGGGAGCUGAUGUACACUGUGGAACUUGCAGGAGGACUGGGUGCUAUCCUUCUACUGCUGAUCUGCUUGGUCACUGUGUACAAAUGUUAUAAGAUAGAUAUGAUGCUAUUUUAUCGCAAUCAUUUUGGAUCCGAUGACAUUGAUGCAGAGAAUAAAGACUACGAUGCAUACCUGUCAUACACCAAAGUGGAUCCUGACCAGUGGAGUCAAGAAACUACAGAAGAAGAACGGUUUGCUCUGGAGAUUCUACCAGAUGUGUUGGAGAAACAUUAUGGGUACAAACUGUUCAUCCCCGACAGGGAUUUGAUUCCAACUGGAAUAUGGGCUGAGUCGCAAUCCUGUGCUACACAACACUCUCUGUGCCCCACUAUAAUCGGAUAUGAGAACACAUAUGUUGAAGAUGUGGCACGAUGCAUUGAUCAAAGCAAGAGACUAAUUAUCGUUCUGACCCCAAACUAUGUCAUCAGGAGAGGUUGGAGUAUCUUUGAACUGGAAAACAGACUGCGCAAUAUGUUAGUCACGGGUGAAAUUAAAGUGAUACUCAUCGAAUGCAGUGAACUACGGGGAAUUAUAAACUAUCAGGAGAUCGAGGCUCUCAAAGACACGAUCAAACUACUCACGGUGAUCAAAUGGAAUGGACCCAAGUGCAACAAACUGGAUUCCAAGUUCUGGAAACGUUUACAGUAUGAGAUGCCCUUUAAGAGGAUAGAGCCGAUCUCCAACGAGCAGGUUUUGGAUGCGAGUGAGCAGGGCCCGUUUGGGGAACUGCAGACUGUGUCUGCCAUCUCCAUGGCAGCAGCGACCUCCACUGCUCUGGCCACCGCCCAUCCGGACCUGCGCUCCACCUUCCACAACACCUACCACACGCAGAUGCGGCACAAGCAUUACUAUCGGAGUUACGAGUACGACGUACCUCCCACUAGCGGCAUCAUGCCCUUUACCUCACUGGGUAAUCAACACACAUACUGCAACAUCCCCAUGACACUCAUCAAUGGCCAGAGGCCCCACAACAAAACAAACAAGGAGCAAACUCCGGAUGAGGUUCACACAAACAGUGCAGUUUUACCACUUCUGCCAAGGGAGACCAGUGUGUCCAGUAUCAUUUGGUAACAACUAAUGGGGAAGUUUGAUCCUCAUCAGGUUACACAGUCUGGUGCCUGGGACCAUGGCCUUGACUGCUGCUGUUAUACAAAAAAGAAAUAUGAAAACACAGGGUCUUGUAGAUAAAUAAUUUGUAACAUCAGAGUCUUCCUGUUCUAUUCUUGCCUCUCACUAUUACAUUUCUGAUUGUUUUCUAUGUUCUAUGUUAUUAGAACUGAUAUUGGAAUUUUUAAGAGGACGGCAAGCAUAUCCAUGUCACAUAAAGAAAAAAAAUAGACAUGCUUUUUUCAUUAUUGAUGUAGAUGGAAAUGGCUUGGUUUUGACAUUUUACUGGGAUGCCUUUGCAAGGUUGUGUGAUAAAAUGUGAGGUUUUUUUUUCCAGUUUUCAUUCCAGAUAAAGGGUCAUUAACUUGACACAGUCAAGUUUCCUGAAAUGUGAUUUGCUGAGGGUGUGUGCAUUAUUACAUUACUUAUUAAGUCGUAGACAUUAUAUAUCAAAGACACUGAACUCUAAAGUGUAUAUGGUAGGUGAUGUUCUUACUUCAGUAUCCGAACAGGCCAGUCUGAAGUACACCUUCAUUCACAGAUACUCACUGAAAGGACAUACUGAUCAUUAUUGCUGAUGAAAAAUUAUUAAGUAGAAGCUUAAGAGAUGAAGUAGAUAUAGUCCUAGCGCAAACCAUUGAAAGUCUCAAGAUAAUCAUAUUUUCUUAAUAAAUUCCUAUUAUACUUUCAGAUAUCUAUCAUGACUAGUGUUUAAAAAAGGAUCUACUGGCAAAAUGAGCUCAUAAUAAUGACUAACAUAGAAGACAUGAUACAACUAUUUAGGAGGAAAAUUAUGCCCUUGUACAAGAGUAAAUUAGCCUUCCAAAACAUUUAUUGUGCAAAGUUACAUUGCACUUUUCACAGGAAAAUGCACUUGAUGAAAGCUUUUUAACUUUGGCAUCAGUGCUCAAUGCCCAGGAAACAAAUGAGAACAAGUAUAGUAAAUGCCUAUUUUUUGCUUAAAAGCUUUGUCUAAAGAUGGUUAGGGCCAUUUCUACCUCUAAAAUAAUAAAUGGUAUUACAGAAGAAGAAAACUUGAUUUUUUUUUAAUGUUUUUGCUACAGCUGUUACUGUUAAUUUUGAAGUAGUCAUAUUACUCUGAGAAUGAGAGCAACAUCUUUUUACUGUGUUUCCACACGGCAAAAUAUUUGGCCUUAGUUUUCAUUUUAUUUCUUUGUGGGUCAGUGUGAUAGUAUGUUUAAUUCCUCAAUUCACGAUAUACAUCAUUUUGUUACAUGGAGUCCACGAGCAACAUCCCACUGGCUUGUUCAGUGUUUUUAAAUUAAAACUAUUUUUUGCCAAAUGUUGUUGUCAACUUCAUUCGUUCCCCACAGAUAGAUUUCUGUCCUUGGUGAAAAGGUUCCUGCAGAGGGUUGGAAUGUUUUAAUUUGUUUCAUGUUUAUGACUUGUUGUUUUAAUUUAUCAUCAAAAGAAACAAUAUAUUUGUCUCCGCAGCAUUUUCGUUUAUUGUGUCUUCACAGUCUAAAUACCAAAAAGCAUGGUAAUGUCCUCUCAUCGCAUGCUCUCUUUAUGGUGGGCUCUGUUCUUCGCAAUCUCAGCAUGCAUUCCUUGAUAUAGACAAUCAGUAGCUCUUAAUAAUUCUUCUGGUGACACAAAGUUGGUAAUUAGAAUUGGGUUUGCCAGCAAUGAUAUUUGUAGCAAAAUCAGAUUCCUAUUUGGAGGAAGGAAUGUGAACAUGUGUACGGUUCAACCCAAAAGACUCCAUGGUGAAAGAGAUACAUUCUUCAACUUUUCGAAUUUAUAAUAUAAAAAUGAAACAGCGCCAUUUGUUCUGCAUAACUAGCAUGUCACGAUUGCUUAUGUAUUUGAAAAGUAAAGACACACAGAUUGCAAUGAUUCCAACAAGAUUCCUAUUUCAUUUUCCCAUUAUUUUUAUUUUCUUCUGUUAUUACCCCUUCAUUCAAUGCAGCAUCUGAAUAUUAAAGGAAUGUCUUUUCUCCAACGUUGUAGAUAAUAUCUGGUUGAGUGUGGUAGAAGGCUCAUUCAGUGUACCAUGCAAGGAACGUUGAACUCAGCAUGCAUCUUGUUUGUUGGGGGAUAACCUGCACAGGGGACCAUUGAUAUACAUUCCUGCAGAAUACAUUAAGAUGAGAUGAUACUCAAUUGGAGAAGGCCUAAUUUUCUUCAAGGAAUUUGGCCUUGGAGAUUGACAUAUAAAAUAUGAAUGAUGGUUGGACACAUGCCGAGACAAGAGGUUCCAGGACAGAGUAGAAACAUGCACACGGGUGUAAAGAAAAAUGUUUAAAGUGAAAACUCCUUGAAUGAUUAAAGAUGUAGAGAUUAACAUUUAACAUGAAAAGGGGAAUUACGAUAAACCUCAGGUUCACAGUUCCAAGCUGAAUCCAAAAAGUACAGAGGAAAACUGGAGAAGGAAAUAAAGAUUGGCAAAGAGAGUAUAUAGAUGAAUAUACAUUUGUUCUUUUUACAAAUACCAAAUUGGCAGAAGAUCAGUCCAUUUAGGAAUCUCUGAGUUUUAUUUUGAAGAUUGUGGUGGCGAACUAGUGUUCUGAAACUGUCUGCAGUAAAAAAAAUAGGUCAUUGCCAAAACAAGCCUGAAUGAGGAAGUACAGAAAUUGACAGGAAUGAAAAUGAACAGGAGAUGGUGCUCAAGAUUUAUUCACACCCUAAUGGAAAGUAUCUUAUUUUGGUAAAGGGAGUUCAAAAGACUGGCAAUAAUCUUGCAAUCCCCUUAACAAAUCAUAAUCAGAUCAGAUGAAUGAAGCCAUAUGCAUUACAGAUUGCUCAAAAAAUUGUAUUUGGAAAAUCCCAACCAUUACAGACUAGUUAGCCUGAUAGUGCUGGCCACAUUUUAAAGAUUACUCUGGGUCAAAAUAAUUUGGCACUUGGAAAACAUGAGUAAGUGACUGAAAGUUAGCAGCAAUUUCUGUUCUUUAGAAGGUUGAUGGGGGACCUUAUUGAAACUUACAAAAUAAUGAAAGGCAUAGAGUGGAUGUGGAGAGGAUGUUUCCACUGGUGGGAGCGUCUAGGAGCAGAGGUCAUAGCCUUAGAAUUAAAUAGUGUUCUUUUAAAAAAGAUGUA